AUGGCAACUGUGUUCGCUGCCAGUGAUAACCACUACCAACAAGACUGUACAAUGAAGCUUUUUGUUAUAACCUUUUUGUUUAUGAUAACAAUUGCUCAUAUCACUUUAUGCAAGAAACAACGCCUGAUCAAUGGUCCGAAUGGUGGUCUGGUUACUGGUGUAAAUGGUGUUAACCCUCUUCCGGUGGGUGGUCUGAAUCCACCUGUGCUUGCUGGUGGUCCUGCAGUAAUAGGACAGCCACCAUUUACACAGAUCUUGCCAGCGGCUGCGCUUCCCCCAUAUGUGUUUCAGCCAUCUCCUGUCGGUGGCCCGCUCAACGGUGGACCUCAGUUUGCUUAUCCUUACUUUCCUUCUAAUGGGGGGUUUCCGUACUACAUUGGAGGACCCCAAAAUCAACCAGCCAUAAUUCCUCCUCAGCAGCAAGCUGGGCAGAGUCCUUCUGGAAAUACUCAGGCUGCACCACAAGGGCCACUGACUAUAAGAUUUAAGCGUUCAUUCUUCAGACGAUUCACUACAAGAGCUCCUGUCUUAGACACCCAGAUGGCAGCUCAGGUGAACCCUACUGUGCCUGGAACAACUGUUGGGUACUUUCAAGACAUCUCUGUUCAGCAGAAAAACUGCUAA